AUGAUGUCUUUUUCAACGCCCAUCCGUGCAGUAGAAUCAAGUGCUAAACGACUUCUUAAACGAAUUGGUAUGUGCACUGAACUUAGUUUUGAACAAACGCCAGUUCGACAUGCAAUUACGAAACGAAAAACAAUUCGUAUGCUAACAUCUACUAUGUCGCCUGGCAUUACUCUGCUAAGCAACGAAGAUCAAGUAUUUCUAAGUGAUCUUACGAUUAUUGAUGAUUCAUUAUUGUCUAUUGAUCGAACGCCUCAACGAAACAAUACGAAAAAAAAUAACGUUCAUUCUCCGACUAGUACAUCGUCCUGGAAAGUCAUAGAUAGUAUUAUUAAUAAUAAUACUGCUGAUUUUAGUGUUGUUUCAAUCAAUCAAUCUGAUUUUGAUGUAUCACAAGCAGUCGUUAUAACUAAACGAUCAAUGAAAGUAUCGACUCGUCUCUCAUUCUUGUUGGCACGUAUUUUGCCAUCAUCAACGCCAAAAACACCGACUACAAGCAUUAAAUAUGUCAAUCGACAUGUUCGAGACAUCGAUCGAACAAAUGAUGGCUUUGGUAAAGAAUGGCUGACAUUGACGAAUUUUGUUUGA